AGAUUGUCAAGAAUACUAGUAAAUUAAAAUAUGUUUGUAUAGACAUUCCAAAUAGUAAGAAGUUAAUGACGCAAGCGCGCAUUCCAUGCUAAUAUUCUUUUGUGUCCUUUGUAUUUUUUUUUUUUGUUGUGUUAAAUAUAAGUUAAAAUGGAACUGCGUGUGUGGAAAACAUUAUUGUUGCAGUGGGUGCAAAAAUGCAAUUUCAUAGAAAACAUUUCAUGUCUCGAAGAUUCUGAUAUUGAGGCAUUUUUUGCCAAUAUGCAGUAUGCUGGAGUUGAACUAGCCACCAAACAGCCGGAGUCGCCCCUAAACAUUACCCCGUUUCUGGGGUCACUAAAAACAUUUCUUCAAGAUAACUAUCCAGAUUUUGAGCCACAUUUUGAGCACGAUGGCCGCAUAGCAAACGAAGAUUACAUUUAUGUGUACACACUUCUUAUGCACUACACGUGCAUUCAGAGUCCGAUCACAUAUUUUCAUAAUAUCUGCAACGAUUUACCGAAAACAAUGCAGCAGUGCAUCGUUGUAUUCUUCGAGCAGAUUGUCAACGACCCGGAGCUGACUCGCAAUCGUUUGCGCCGGAUCAUUCGCAAUAUUCGGGAAGAUGCUGAAAUAAAUACAAACAGUUCAGUGUCGGCACUGGCCAGCAGCACGACGGACUCGACGCCAAUCGACAAUGAUGCGAUUGGGUGUGCGAAUCCUGUGACGCCGUCGCCCGUCCAAAAAAAGCUGCACAGUUUAUGUGACUCCAGCCAAAUGCCGGUUCCGUCAACACCAAGAACUGAGCUGCUCGAACAGCGUACGCGUGAGCUGCUUGGAUUGAGGGCUGAGUUGGCAACGGAGCGGUAUGAAAAGACUUUUCUAGAGGAGCAAAUCAUAGAAGACGAAAAAUUGAUUAAUUCGCUUAGUGAAAGGAACAAGCAAUUGGCCCAGAUGAAAGCCGUCCUUCAAAAAGAAAACGACGAGGAAAAUUGCGCGAAUAGCAUUGUGACCAAUGAAGUAGACAACCUAAAGCGACAACUUCAAAAGGAGCUAAGCAACAAGGAUGAUAUUAUUGCCGAACGCGACGAACAGAUGCUUGAGCUGAAAGCCAAACAUGACAAAGUUUCUGCCAAGCUGAAGCUUUCAGAGAAACAGUUGCGGGUCUGUAUUGAGAAAAUAAAUGUACUGGAGCUGCAUUCGGAGAGCUUUGCUCCCAUGUUGACCAUAAAGGAGGAGACCAUUGCCUGUCUGCAGCGCGACAAACUGGAGCUAGAACAGUGUCUAAAAGAGACUCGUGACGAGCUGCAUAAGGGACGCGAGGUGCUGAAUGCUUCAUCGGAUCUGCUGGAUACCUCACAGUCGGCCAGCAGUAUGAAUACCACACCGGAAACCCUGGCUUGCUCCGUUAUAGAUAAACAAUUGCGCGAGAAGGAGCAGGAGAAUGAAGAACUGCGUGAGCAACUGACGUCCAUCAGGGUGGCAACUGCAUGCAUUGUGGAUGGCAUUUUAAAGAUCGCACAGCAGCAUCAAGUGGAGAUACCAACAAAACCCAAUGAUGAUGUGCAACUCUUAAACUUAAUUCGGCGCAGUAUGGAGAAGUUGUCCUCUAGCUUUGUGCAAGAGGAGCAACGUGUGAAGGAACUGCAGGAUCAGUUCAACAUACAGAUUCAGCAAUGUGCGCACCACGAAGAGAACAUUCAGCAUCUAAAGAACAACGCUGAGAAGCUGGCUAAGGAGUUAGAGGACAGUCAGUCCAACUUGAAGACUAGCAAUGAGAAGUUACAGAAUAACGAAAUUGAAAUCACGAAAAAAGAUAAGGAACUUCUGCAGCUGAGCGAAGAAUUGAUUAAAUUCGGCAAUCAAGAACGUACUCUACAAGAUCGCAUUGCCACUGAAUCCGAACUAUCACUUAAGCAGUGCCAGAUGCUGUCCGAGCAAGAGAAGAUUAUUCAAACUCAGGAAUUAAAGUUGGCUGAGCAGCAGGCGAAGCUAACCGACGCUCAAAAUCAGUUGAAACGUUUCCUUGACCGAGUCAGUGCCCAAGUUAAUACGAAGAUAGCUUCAAUGUCAAGCGGCGAAAACGGCUUAAAGGAAGUGGAAAAUGUGCUGAUGAGAAUGUGCAAUCAAUUGGAAGAGUCCAAGGUGGAGAUGGCUGCCAAAUGUGAACAGCUCACUGCUCAAGACCACUUUUUGAUGCAAAUGCUAAAAACACUCAAUGCACACAUCGAGCAACCAAUCGGUCCUAACAACAUUGUAACUCUUCCCAAAAACCUUCAAUUCUUGAACAUGAAACUUGCCCUGUUCGUCUCGAAAUAUGAGCAUCUCCACGCUAAAUGUAAUUCUUUGGAAAGUGAUAAUCUGCAGACGGUAGAAAAUAUGAGGCAGCUAGUAAGCGAGCUGGAAGAAAAUACCAUAAUACGUAAGCAAUUGGAAAAGCAGUGCGAUGAGCUAAUGCAGCAAAUGCAGCAGAAGUCUGAGGAAUGCGAAAAAAUAACUCAACAGUUGCAAAGUGAGAAAGCAAACAAGACUACCAUUCAAAGCGAACUUGGCAAAGAGUUGCAGACGCUAAAGCUGACGUGUCAGGAUUUGAAAAUGACCAAGGAGCAACAGUUGCUCGACCGAGAAUCUCUCCAAAAAGGUUUGCAAAAGCAGUGCGAUGAGCUAAUGCAGCAACUGCAGCAGAAGUCUGAGGAAUGCGAAAAGAUAACUCAACAGUUGCAAAGUGAGAAAGCAAACAAGACUACCAUUCAAAGCGAACUUGGCAAAGAGUUGCAGACGCUAAAGCUGACGUGUCAGGAUUUGAAAAUGACCAAGGAGCAACAGUUGCUCGACCGAGAAUCUCUCCAAAAAGGUUUGCAAAAGCAGUGCGAUGAGCUAAUGCAACAACUGCAGCAGAAGUCUGAGGAAUGCGAAAAGAUAACUCAACAGUUGCAAAGUGAGAAAGCAAACAAGACUACCAUUCAAAGCGAACUUGGCAAAGAGUUGCAGACGCUAAAGCUGACGUGUCAGGAUUUGAAAAUGACCAAGGAGCAACAGUUGCUCGACCGAGAAUCUCUCCAAAAAGGUUUGCAAAAGCAGUGCGAUGAGCUAAUGCAGCAACUGCAGCAGAAGUCUGAGGAAUGCGAAAAGAUAACUCAACAGUUGCAAAGUGAGAAAGCAAACAAGACUACCAUUCAAAGCGAACUUGGCAAAGAGUUGCAGACGCUAAAGCUGACGUGUCAGGAUUUGAAAAUGACCAAGGAGCAACAGUUGCUCGACCGAGAAUCUCUCCGAAGAGGUUUGCAAAAGAAGUGCGAUGAGCUAAUGCAGCAACUACAGCAGAAGUCUGAGGAAUGCGAAAAGAUAACUCAACAGUUGCAAAGUGAGAAAGCAAACAAGACUACCAUUCAAAGCGAACUUGGCAAAGAGUUGCAGACGCUAAAGAUGACUUGUCAGGACUUGGAAAUGACCAAGGAGCAACAGUUGCUCGACCGAGAAUCUCUCCGAAGACGUUUGCAAAAGAAGUGCGAUGAGCUAAUGCAGCAACUGCAGCAGAAGUCUGAGGAAUGCGAAAAGAUAACUCAACAGUUGCAAAGUUCGAAAGCAAGCAAGACUACCAUUGAAGGUGAACUUGGCAUGGCGCUUCAGAAGCUCGAGCUGGCGGAGAAGACUAAGGAGCAACAGUUGCACGAUCGAGAAUCUCUUAUAGAAGAUUUGCAAAAGAAGUGCGAUGAGCUAAUGCAGCAACUGCAGCAGAAGUCUGAGGAAUGCGAAAAGGUAACUCAACAGUUGCAAAGUGAGAAAGCAAGCAAGACUACCAUUGAAGGUGAACUUGGCAUGGCGCUUCAGAAGCUCGAGCUGGCGGAGAAGACUAAGGAGCAACGGUUGCACGAUCGAGAAUCUCUUAUAGAAGAUUUGCAAAAGAAGUGCGAUGAGCUAAUGCAGCAACUGCAGCAGAAGUCUGACGAAUGCGAAAAGAUAACUCAAGCAUUGCAAGUGGAGAAAGCAAGCAAGACUACCAUUCAAAGUGAACUUGGCAUGGAGCUUCAGAAGCUGGAGUCGGCGUGUCAGGCGUUGGAAAUGAUCAAGGAGCAACAGUCGCACGAGCGAGAAUCACUCGUAUUGGAUAUACAAAAACUGCACGAUGAACUGAAAGUUAAGAAGCUGAAAAUUUUGACGGUUGAAGAGGAGCAAAAUCGGCAGUUGGUGCAAAAGAACACUGUCGAGAAGGAACUGGAAACAGUCAAGGCAACGCUUGCACAACGGGAGCUACAACUGGAGCAAAGUAAAACGCAGCUGGACACUUACACCAAGCGCUUGGAGAGAACAGUCAUUAAGCUGGGGGAACAGCAAGCUGUUGUAUCCAAAACUCAACGUGAAUUAGUUCAGAUCAAGUUCGCACAGGAGGAGCAAGCAAAACUUCUCAAUGCAAUGCAACAUGAGAAGGAGGGCUUGCAGUUGGAACUGCGAACAAGCAAGGAGCGUGCAAAUCGAUCGGAGGAGAAGCUGUCUAGCCUAGAACAGCAGUACAUGAAGAUACAGAGUUUAGAGCAGCAGCAAGAGCGGAAGAUAAAGCUUGAGAAAGUGCGCGACAUUGCUGACAAGAAGAUGAUUUUGGUAACCGAGGAGGAGAAUACCCGUCUGCGCCUUCAGAUUGGCGCCCUAAACUCGGACAUUGUACAGCAACAGAAGCGAAUUGGGGACUUAACUGACGAACUACAACUGGCCAACGAUACCAUUGCUAAAGUGAGGCAGGAGCUGGAGGCGAAUAAGGCGCUGCAGUGUGAUUUGGAUGAUAAGUUGAAACAUCUGAAAUCUGAGUGCGAAAAGGCAAACGAACGCGAAUCGCAUUAUCAGCGCAAACUGAAGGCACUGAAGGACGAGCUAGAAGAGAGCCUUGCCGAUAAUAUUGAUAUUCGCAACAGCAAGGAAACCAUGCUGGACACUUUGCACAAGGAGAAUCGCAUGGUACUGGACCAAAUGAAUAAGCAGAAGGCUAAAGAACAUCAGAUGGAGCUCGAUUGCCAGAUAUUGCAGGCCAAGUAUCGCGAUGCGAAAGAAGAGAUUGGUCGCUGUGAGCAAAAACUCAAGGAUCAGCGUCUCGAAAUGGAGGGCAAAUUAGAAAAGAUGAAAUCCAAAAUGCGGGCAUUGUACAAGGCGGAAGUGAUCCGAAUGAAGGAGAAGCAGGAGCGCGAUGCGACCAGCAACAAGGCGGAACUGGAAAAACUGACUGCACAGAACAACAAGUAUGACGAACAUACGCGUGCUCUAUCUGCUCAGAUUGUGCGUCUGAACGAAAUCAUUUUGGAGCAACAAAAGCAGCAUGCCAUACUCAGCACCAAGCUGCGCCACCUACACGAGACCGAAUCGGCGGCUUCCGCUUCUUCUCCCAGCGAUGACUGGCACCCGUUUAAGCGGCCAAGCGCCCCAUCUGCCAAUCUGGGCAGCAAUCUGGCCAUGGAAGAUGAGGAGGGUGAGGUGUUUAAUAACACCUACCUCACAGAUCUUAAGCUUGGCCGUGUCCCGGACAUAACCACUGAAGAAUUGCAAUAUCGCAACUCGUUGCAACCGCCGCAUUUGAAGAGCACAUAUGCGGCACAGUAUGACUUGGGUAGCCAAGAAAGCGAUCUCAAAGACGGGCCACAUGGCCUGGACGACAGCAUGAGCGCGCUGCUGAGCACAACGGGUGGCAACUGUACCGGUACGCGUAAAAAGUCGAUGGGUACACAUUACAAGCGGCCAGGUCCACCAACGCCAAGUAAAAAUGGUGGGCGACUUUCAUUUGGAAGCUCGGAACCAGCGCGUGAAAUAUUGCGCGAAACCUAUGACAAUAAUGGUAGCACCAAGACGCCGGCGCGCUUCAAAAUCUUUGCGUCACGGUUCAGCAUGGGCAGCAGCGGCGCCACUGGUGGUGGUGGACAAUGCCUGCCACGCGACGAGCAGCGGCACUCUCAUCGUAAAAAAAAAGUGUUGCCGCUAAAUCAACGCCGCAAUCCGCGCCUGCGAGAAGAGGGCGUUUUUUGCACCUCGACGCCGCGCACGAGUCGCUCCUACUUCGAUAAUUUGCGUCGAAAUCUGCUAUCUGAUGCGGCGAUAGUGGCUCAACAGGAGGUUCAAGAAGGCACCACACCACAUUUAUCCAACGCUAUGCCCCUAAUAAUGAAUAACCCCCAGGUCCGCAGGCUGACCUUGUGCAGACGGCCUCCAGUGUCAUCCGCCAGUUCAACGGCCAGCGGUGUCUCAUCGCACAAUAGGCGCAAGCGAAAAAGCACUGCACGAAAAUCCGUGUGCCCGCAUGGAAAUAUUUUUGUAAUGGACAGGCGACGUGGCGUGUUGCCGGCAACGGGAAGUCAGCAGCGCUUGCAGCAGCGCACCAAGGGAAAACAAAAUCGCAUUCAAUGCUUUGAUCAGGCUAGGCAUAUGGGCGACAAUAGCAGCGAGAUCGAAUCCGAGUCGGAGCAAAAAACCAACGAUAACAACAAUUAUAGCAGCCACAAUCGCAAUAAAGCAACAUACUCCAACUUGACGGAGCUGGAGGAGUCGCAACAGCCGCAGAUGGCGCUGGACGUCACGCAGGAGGGCAACAACUAUAUACAACAACUACAUCAACAAUUUGAAGCGGAUCAUGUUUGCGCAUGGCUUAAUGGCGCCGCCAACGUCUCUGCCGCCAAUGCCACUGAGCAUAGCCACGAUUUUCACUUUGACCAGCUAUGCCUUCAAACCGAAUCGACAGCUCCGUUUGAGCUGCAGCCGCUGCAAUAUGAUGAAUUACCAUCAAACACUGAGCAACAAAAUGAUGUUGGAGCGAUCGUUUUGCCAACUAAUAUCACUGCCAUCAGCACAUCGAACGUCAGUUACACGACCAACGUCUCGUCGUGUCAAUCGUGGACCACAUUAUCUUCGGUUGCCGUCCGUUCCCAUGCCUUGCCGGAGGUCACUUUGAUGCCCUGCAAGCACUCCAGUACCGCUCCAGAGUGGCGAGUGGUGUAUCAGCCGCAUGCCAAUAUUUUAUCGCAACUCGGGCAUUGCAUUGGUAUCAGAAAAUGUCUAGUGCUUGUAGUGUUCAUACUUUUGAUAUUGAUGUUCCCCAGCAAAAUGAGCAUCUCAGCAGCUAUAGGAAUAUUACUUGUAUACCUGAUUGUCGAGCGCUUCUACAGAUAGCGGAUGUGUGACGCAGUUUGACGACAGCAGGGGCAUCAUGCACAUACAUACAGAAAUCAAUUUUCAAUUCAAGUGUUUCAAGUGUUAUGUAUAAUUUGACAUUAAUAAAUUCCGUUAUAUUCCACUACAGAACUCGCCACCCAAACGACGCCUCAGCAAUAUAUUUAAACGCAAGUAGGCGUGCUUCACAGCCCAGCCAUUGAGAUCACAAAACCUUAAGCGUCCUUUUGUACAGUUGAACUCGGGUUGAAUGGCACCCAGCAGAGUGGAAAAAGCUGAAAAUAAUUCGAUUAUCAUAUUAAUUUAUAGCUUAAGUCAAUUAGCAUAUUCAGUAUAUAUUUUGCUUAUAGGAUAUCCAUUACUUAUAUUAUAAUUUUUUUUUGUUUUUGCAUUUGAUAAAAUGAUAUGUUAAUAGAUUACCCAAUGUCUUCGAAAUAUGUCAAUGAAAUAUGAUAAACGUUGCUUAUGCCAUCUAUGUAGAUUUUCAUGUUUGUAUGUAUAUAAUUUUGUAUGCUUCUUUGACACGUCAAAUGAUGCGAUAAUGCCAUAUUUUCCAUACUUUUUUCAUGCAACAAUAAAUUGAUCGGUCAACCAGAAAAAUUGUACACAUAUCAAUAAUGUAUAUAUAAGAAUGCAUAGUUUCAUAUUACUAAUUCCACAUGUUAUUA